UGUAACAUUACACCAAUACAUCCCUCAUGUAAUCCCUGUUUCACUUAGAUUCACCUUCUUUUUAGUAUUGUUCAGUAUAUAAAAAACUGUGAUGAUGUGCUGCUAAUAUGUCAAACAGAACACGCGUAUUUGAUCAACAAUAUCUUGUGAAAAUAUGGCCCUUCAAAAUUCCAUCAGGACAUUUAGUAUCAAGGGAAAAAUUACCCGUAAUGUAUUUCGGUCAAUGACAACUGCACCAAGAGUGUGUAUUAUUGGAAGUGGUCCAGCUGGCUUUUAUACUGCACAAUAUGUAUUAAAGCAUCAUAAAAAAGCUGAAGUGGACAUAUUUGAAAAACUUCCUGUACCAUUCGGAUUGGUUCGAUAUGGUGUCGCACCAGACCAUCCCGAGGUCAAGAAUGCAAGUAGUACGUUUGAAGAAGUAGCUGAAAGCAGGCGGUGUUCAUUUUUUGGCAAUGUUAAUGUUGGUCAUGAUAUAAAAGCGAAUGAACUGAGACAAUUUUAUGAUGCUGUUGUGUUUGCUUAUGGUGCAGAUGAUGAUAAAAGACUUAAUAUCCCAGGUGAGGAUGCAAAUGGAGUGUAUGCUGCGCGUUCAUUUGUUGGAUGGUACAAUGGCUUACCUGCUCACGCUGAUCUCGCCCCCAACUUGAAUUGCGAAACAGCUGUCAUUAUUGGGCAGGGCAAUGUAGCGCUGGACGUUGCAAGAUUGCUACUCUCUCCAACUUCUCUGCUGAAGCAUACGGAUAUUUGUUCACAUGCUUUAGCGAAAUUAGAAACGAGUAGGAUAAAGAAAGUUCAUAUCAUUGGUAGACGAGGACCCAUCGAGGUUUCAUUCACUACCAAGGAACUGCGAGAAAUGAUUCGUCUUGAUGGAACAAAGCUGAUAUUUCAUAGAGAAGACUUUGUUGAUGUUAGACCAAAAGUUUCAGAACUACCCCGUCAAAGAAAACGUUUGAUUGAGCUAAUGUGUAAAACAGCUCUUGAUCCCGUUACACCGAACGAAGAAGCAAGACGAGGUGAGUGCACACGUGAGUGGGAACUAAACUUUUUAAGAACUCCACAUGAAAUUCUCACGGACGACGACAACAACGUGUGUGGAAUUCGAUUGGAGAAAAAUCGAUUAGUAAAGAAUAAAGAUGGCGUCUAUACACCUGAAGGAACUGGGAAAUGUGAAGAAUUUUCAUGUGGAAUGGUGCUGAGAAGCGUUGGCUACAAAAGCAUCAAGGUGGAAGAGGGUAUUCCGUUUGAUGUACGACUUGGUGUGAUACCGAAUUUCGACGGGAGAGUCGUCGAUGCUCCUAAUUCGAAGAAAAUAUUGAAAGGUUUAUAUUGUAGUGGGUGGGUAAAACACGGACCAGUUGGUGUGAUCGUCACGACAAUGAACGAAGCAUUUGCGACUGGUCAACGCAUCGUGACUGAUUUAAACGAAGGUGUGCUUGGAUAUUCAAAAGAAAAAAUGUCUGCGGCAGACAUGCAAGCAUUGAUGAGUAAACGAGGUAUCAAUUAUGUUACAUUCGAAGAUUAUCAAAAUAUCGACAAUGAAGAAAUGUUACGUGGAAAGGAAAAUAAAAAACCCAGAGAAAAAAUCACUUCAUUUAAUGAAAUGUUAAAAAUUGCAUUUAGAGAUAAAAAACCCAGCUGAUAAAUCGCCGUGUUACGGAAAGAAAAAAGAAACGGCCGCCAAGAUGUGUAUUUUUACGUUAAAUAUCAUAUGUUAUGUUACAAUAUUUUCUAUUAAAUAAUAGUUUUAUAUUUACAGAGUUACGAUAACUCACGUAAAUACAUCACGAUGUACAUAA